AGAGAGGUGGUGCACCCAGGGAAAUUCACUCCUUGUGUUUGUGGUAGCAGCUAGAGAAGAUCAUUUCCAAGUGUGAGAGUAUGGAGGGCAAGCAACAGUUCCAAGUUCCAAGGGUCAAGAUUGGAAGACAAGGACUUGAGAUUUCCAAGAUGGGUUUUGGGUGCUCAGGGCUCUCUGGGAUAUUCAAUGAUCCCCUUCCCCAUGAACAAGGUGUCUCCCUCAUUGUAGAUGCCUUCAAUAAGGGGGUAACAUUCUUUGACACUUCUGAUGCUUAUGCCAAUGGAGACAAUGAAAUCCUUAUUGGAAAGGCUUUGAAGCACCUACCUCGAGAAAAAGUCCAGAUAGCAAGCAAGUUUGGCAUUGCUGGUUUUGAAAAUGGAAAGCUGCUGAUCAAAGGUGCACCAGAGUAUGCACGCAAGUGUUGUGAAGGAAGUCUCCAACGCCUUGGUGUUGAUUACAUUGAUUUGUACUUCCCACACCGCAUAGACACUACGGUUCCCAUAGAAGAAACUAUGGGUGAACUAAAGAAGUUAGUCAAUGAAGGGAAGAUCAAAUAUAUUGGUUUGUGCGAGGCCAGUCCGGAGACCAUAAGGCGUGCUCAUGCUGUUCAUCCCAUCACUGCAGUGCAAAUGGAGUGGUCUUUGUGGACUCGAGAUAUCGAGGAUGAAAUAAUCCCACUGUGCAAGGAACUGGGUAUUGGAGUAAUUGCAUACAGCCCGCUUGGUCAUGGCUUUUUUGCUGGGAGAGCAAAUACAGAGGGAUUGCCUGAAGGAAGCAUACUGGCCCUCAAUCCAAGAUUUAAUGGUGAGAAUGUAGACAAGAACAAGAUCAUAUACAUGCGUGUUGCGAAACUGGCCGCCCAGUAUGGGUGCACUCCUCCUCAACUAGCUCUUGCUUGGCUCCUCCAUCAGGGAGAAGAUGUGGUGCCUAUUCCAGGGACAACAAAAGUCAAGAAUCUGGAAGCCAAUAUUUUCUCUUUGAAAGUGAAGCUAUCCAAGGAAGACCUGAAACAAGUUUCAGCAGCAGUGCCGGUCGAGGAGGUUGGUGGUGAGAAGGAUAUUGAUCUGUUCACUAGCUGCUCAUGGAAGUUUGCUGAUACACCACUGCCUAGCCUCAAAAACCCACAAGCAAUAGCUGGCUAGAUUCUAGAAUCUUGCUGAAGAUGGAGUUGGCUUUGUUUCUCAGUCCCUCUUCCACCCUAGGGAAGCUAAAAUAAAGUUUUAUUAUGUUUAGUAUGUUGUUUAGUUUGGGUCGUGCCAUUGAUCAGCUUAUGCUGACAAUUUGUGCGAUCAGUGUCCAUGGUUUCUUUGAAUUAGUUGUAUCUGCUUAUCCUGAAUCAGUAGUCCCUCGUCAACUUCUGAAGUAGUUAAUAAAGUGUUUUAUUGAUCAUCAAUAUCUCUGGUAGUAAGAUGACCUGAACUUGAUGGAUCA